AUGCGAGAGGCCGCAGAACGGCGGCAGCACCUGGAGCUGGAGCAUGAGCAGGCCCUGGCUGUCCUCCACGCCAAACAGCAGGAGAUCGACCUGCUGCAGAAGGCUCAGGUUGAAGCUAAGAAAGAACAUGAAGGUGCCCUACGGCUGCUAGAGAGCAAGGUGCGGGAGCUGGAGGAGAAAUGCCGGACGCAGAGUGAGCAGUUCCGCCUGCUGUCGCAGGACCUGGAGAGGCUCCGGGAGCACGCAGGGAAGAUCGACCUGCUGGGUGGCGGCGCUGGGGCCUCCUUGGACGUCCCCGCGUCCGGCAAGCCUUUCCCGCAGUUCAUGAACGGACUCGCCCCCUCCAUCGGCAAAGCUCAGGAGAGCGCCGUCAGAAGCCGCACCGUGGUCGGGGACUACAUCCGGCCCCUCCCGCUCGCUGGAGACAGGCUGGAGCCUCCGUCCGUCAAGCCCGCCUUUCUGUCGAGAUCCGCCAGCCCAAGAUGCAGAUUUGAAUCAGACAUGGAUAAUGAACGGAAUUCCAAUACCUCCAAGCAGAGAUACUCGGGGAAGGUCCACUUGUGUGUUGCCCGCUACAGCUACAACCCCUUCGAUGGGCCCAAUGAGAACCCCGAGGCCGAGCUGCCCCUCACGGCGGGGAAGUACCUCUACAUCUAUGGGGACAUGGACGAGGAUGGCUUCUACGAAGGUGAGCUCCUGGACGGGCAGAGGGGUCUGGUCCCCUCCAACUUUGUGGAUUUUGUCCAGGACAGCGAGUCACGACUAGCAAGUACGCUGGGGAACGAACAGGACCAGAAUCUCAUCAACCAUGCCGGCAUCGGCUUGGAGGGGGAGAACAUUCUGGACCUCCACGCCCCCACUCACAUAGACGCUGGCAUCACGGACACUGGUGAGGGGACACUGGGCGUGAACAUUGACGAGGUCGGAGAAGACGUCGUGCCUUACCCUAGAAAAAUCACCCUCAUCAAGCAACUCGCCCGAAGUGUCAUUGUGGCCUGGGAGCCCCCGGCUGUACCUCCGGGCUGGGGGACCGUGAGCAGCUACAACGUGCUGGUGGACCAGGAGACGCGCGUGAGCCUCAUGCUGGGGAGCAGAACCAAGGCCCUCAUCGAGAAGCUCAACACGGCGGCCUGCACCUACCGGAUCUCCGUGCAGUGCAUCACCAGCCGGGGCAGCUCGGACGAGCUGCAGUGCACGCUGCUGGUGGGCAAGGACGUGGUGGUGGCCCCCUCCCACCUGAGGGUGGACAACAUCACCCAGAUCUCCGCCCAGCUCUCCUGGCUGCCCACCAACAGCAACUAUAGCCACGUCAUCUUCCUCAACGAGGAGGAGCUGGACGUCGUCAGGGCCGCCAGGUACAAGUACCAGUUCUUCAACCUCAGGCCCAACAUGGCCUACAAGGUGAAGGUCCUGGCCAAGCCUCACCAGAUGCCGUGGCAGCUGCCCCUGGAGCAACGGGAGAAGAAAGAGGCCUUCGUGGAAUUCUCCACGUUGCCCGCAGGCCCUCCGGCGCCCCCCCAAGACGUCACCGUCCACGCCGGGGCCACCCCAGCCACCGUCCAGGUCUCCUGGAAGCCGCCCGCCCUGACGACCGCCGGGCUGUCCAACGGGGCCAACGUGUCCGGCUACGGCGUGUAUGCAAAAGGGCAGAGGACCACACUUCCUACAAUAGCACACGUCUCCAAGUCCAGGAAUCACCUAGCCCUCUGUCUUUGUCCCCACAUGCUCCCAGACGAGUACAGUGAGCGGGACCGCCUUUCUCCAGACUUCUACGAAGAGUCAGAGACCGACCCAGGUGCCGAAGAGCUCCCAGCCCGGAUCUUUGUGGCGCUUUUUGACUAUGACCCCCUCACCAUGUCCCCGAAUCCAGAUGCUGCCGAAGAAGAGCUUCCUUUUAAGGAAGGACAGAUCAUCAAGGUCUAUGGUGACAAAGACGCGGACGGCUUCUACCGUGGGGAGACCUGCGCCCGGCUCGGCCUGAUUCCUUGUAACAUGGUCUCAGAAAUCCAGGCCGACGACGAGGAAAUGAUGGACCAGCUUCUGAGGCAAGGCUUCCUUCCUCUGAACACGCCCGUGGAGAAAAUAGAGAGAAGCAGAAGAAGCAGCAGGCACCCGGGGGCGACGCGGAGGGUGGUGGCCCUGUACGAUUACGACCCGCGAGAAAGCUCACCUAACAUCGAUGUGGAGGCAGAGCUGACGUUCUGCACCGGAGACAUCAUUACCGUUUUUGGUGAGAUCGAUGAAGAUGGAUUUUAUUAUGGGGAACUGAACGGGCAGAAAGGCCUUGUACCUUCAAACUUCCUGGAAGAAGUGCCUGAUGACGUGGAAGUCUAUCUCUCUGAUGCACCUGGCCACUACCCCCGAGACGCGCCAACGCGCUCCAAGGCAAAACGGGUAAGCAGACGCCCCCAGCACCUCUGA